UAGCGUGGAUGUGACACGAGUUGCCUUCACUUACAUGACUUAGGGAAACUGCUUCCUCCGGCUCCAGCAGAACAAACAGCACAUUCAUGAGCAGUCAGUCAGUCAGUCAACAGUUUAGUACCUCUGGAGAAUUCACUUCUUUUUCUCUGAAUGUCACAUUUGUUCAAACGCGCCUCAUACAAUGAGGAUUAUAAUCUGGAGCAUCGCGAGCACCUUUCUGUUCAGCGUCAUUUUUACGCAAGGACGUCGAAGACCAGCUUUUACAUGUGGCGGGAACUUUACUGGAGACACAGGAAUGAUUGGGAGUCAAGGGUACCCCGCUGUUUACCCACCCAACAACAAAUGUGUGUGGAGAAUUACAGUUCCUCAGGGGAGGCUCGUGUCCCUCUUGUUCCGAGUUUUGGAUCUUGAGAGUGAUAGUCUCUGCAGAUACGACUUUGUUGAUGUAUAUGAUGGCCACAUCAACGGGCAGCGUCUCGGCCGCUUUUGUGGUACCGCCAAACCCAGAGCACUGGUCACCAAUGGAAACAAGAUGCAAGUGGUCAUGGUGUCGGACGCCAACACAGCUGGGAGUGGUUUUCUUGCUGUAUACUCAGCGAUCCGCCCAAAUGAAAGAGUUGACCGGUACUGCGGGGGUCUUCUAGACAAACCCUCUGGGACGAUAAAGACCCCUAACUGGCCAGAUAAAGACUACCCGCCGGGAGUAACGUGUUCCUGGCAUAUUGUUGCUCCUCUAGACCAGAUCAUUGAGCUGAAGUUUGAGAAGUUUGAUGUGGAGAGAGACAGCAACUGCCGCUAUGACCAUGUGGCUGUGUUUAAUGGGGGAGAAACUAAUGAGACACGUAAGAUCGGCAAGUUCUGCGGAGACAGCCCACCCAUGCCAAUUCAUUCAGACGGUCAUCAUCUCCUCAUAACGUUUCUCUCCGACUUGAGUCUGACUGCUGAUGGAUUCAUUGGCCAUUACCGCUUUAAAUGGAGGAGUCCCAGCACAGCGAGCGCCCCUUUGACCCCCGCGGGCACCAUAUCACCCAGCACACCACCCGCAGCUCUUACAUAUUCAGAAGAACUUUGCAAGCAGAAAUGUAAAAGGACUGGAACAAUUGAAAGUCAUUACUGCUCUAGUAACUUUGUGAUUACGGCCACUCUUAUCUCAGCAGCCAUGAGGGAGCAAAGCGUUCUUGCCACUUUUUCCAUCAUGCACCUUUAUAAAGAAGGAAAUUUAGCCAUCCAACAAGCUGGGAAAACCAUGAGCACCAAAGUUACGGUCCUCUGCAAACAAUGCCCGCUGGUCAGAAGAGGGCUUAACUACAUAGUCAUGGGACAAACCGAUGAACACGGACAAGGCGUUAUUUCCCCUUAUAACUUUGUGAUGCUCUUCAAAACCAAAAAGCAACAGGAUUUGGCCGUGCUGAAAAAUAUACGCUGCUGAUGUGCACAGGUGACCAAAGCCGUGUCUGGAUUUGCAUUCACUUUAUGUACAUGCGUUUGAUAACAUCCAUACUUGGACUCUUUUAGUAAUAACGGUAACACAGUGUCUUUACUACAAGUAACAUGAAAAGAUUCCAGCGACAAGCAAUUUGACUGUUUCGAUAUGACAGAAACAUUUUAAUACCAGCCACUGCAUUUGUUAACAUUGCAUUCUUCAUUAUUUAAAAUAUCUGGCUACCGAAUGAUGGGUGUUGUUGCUUUCAUUUCAAACUUUCAUUUUCCAACAACCUUAUUUAACCUUUAUUUUAAUUUCUGUGAAAUUCAGAAUUGAUUUUAAAGUGCUUUUACUGGUUUAUAAAUCCCUCCAUAAUCUAGCCCCAUUCUAUCUCGCAGAGCUGCUUCAUCCUUACACUCCUGUGAGAUCUCUUAGGUCGAGUGAGCAGAAUCUUCUGUCAGUUCCACAAUCUAGGCUAAAACGUUGAGGGGACAGAGCUUUCUCUGUGGCAGGUCCUCGGUUGUGGAACACCUUGCCCCUUGAGAUCAGAUUGGCUCCAUCAUUAUCCACUUUUAAAUCACGUCUUAAAACAUACCUUUUAGCUUGGCUUUUUAAGAUUAUUUUAAUAGUUCAUUCUACCGCUAUUUUGUACAUCUUUACAGUUGUUUCGCUUGCUUUAUUUCUUGUGUUUAUAUAUAUGUCUUUUAUUUUUUAUUUUUUAACUUGUCUUA